CACCUCGUUCACUUGCAGAUUCCUUUCUCUUUUCCUUUCUUGUCAUUCAUUGAUUCUUAAAAGGUCGAGGGGGCUCUUGAUGAACCCAUUCAAACAUGGAUUCAAGGUCCACGCCCACCCAAGACACAGAUGAUGAGAAACGACCCAGUGGGGGUCUAAGGCGCGUAUCGACAUACGAUGCCACCACGGGAACUCUUGAUCAUGAGCAAAAUGGCCUGAGCACGCAGACAGUCGUACGAGACGAUGGACGCGUCGACAUCAACAUCACCGAGAACUCGAAACUCACGGAACAGCUCAACCAGAUCAAUUUGAACCUGAACCAAAUCCAUGAAGAGGAACUAGGCCAACCGCCGCCGCCGUUCGUGGACCAAGAGGGCGUGCCGUUCAACCCACCACCGCCGCUCAACGUGGUGAUCCAAGUCGUCGGCUCUCGAGGCGAUGUCCAACCCUUUGUCGCACUCGGACAGGUGCUGAAGAACCAAUACGGUCAUCGUGUACGAUUGGCCACCCACGGAACCUUCAAGGGGUUCGUCGAAGAACAUGGCCUGGAAUUCUUCGACAUCGGCGGUGACCCCGCUGAGCUCAUGGCCUUCAUGGUCAAGAAUCCGGGUCUCAUACCAGGUGUGAAGUCACUCCGAGAAGGCGACGUGGGCAAACGUAGAAAGGGCAUGGCCGAGAUUCUCGAGGGGUGUUGGAAGUCGUGUGCCGAUAGCGACGAGGUCAACGAUUCCCAUCACGCCAACAGCAGUGGUGGUGGCCCACGAAAAAAACCGUUUAUCGCCAACGCCAUCAUCGCCAACCCGCCUAGCUUCGCCCAUAUCCAUUGUGCACAGAAGCUGGGAGUACCUCUGCAUCUGAUGUUUACCAUGCCAUGGUCGCCAACUCGCGAGUUUCCACAACCCAUAGCAAAUAUCCACACGUCCAACAACGCAAGCGGAUGGGCGGCCAACGAAAUGAGCUACACUCUCGUCGACAUGAUGACGUGGGAAGGUCUAGGCGACAUCACCAACAAUUUCAGAACAGAGACUCUUGGACUAGGCGCGCUGUCCCAAGCCGCGGCGGUAGACAUGUUGUAUAAACUGCGAAUACCAUACACAUAUUGCUGGUCUCCAGCACUUAUCCCAAAGCCCAAAGACUGGGGUCCGCACAUCACAAUUUCAGGCUUCUUCUUCCUCAACAUGGCAUCCAACUACCGUCCGGACCCAGACCUCGCAGAGUUCCUCGCCGCGGGUCCGCCACCGGUGUACAUUGGCUUCGGCUCCAUCGUGGUCGACGACCCCAACGCAAUGACCAAACUCAUCUUUGACGCGGUGAAAAAGACUGGACAACGUGCGCUUGUCUCCAAAGGCUGGGGUGGCCUCGGUGGUGAUGCCCUCGGCAAGCCCGAAGGAGUGUUCAUGCUAGGUAAUUGUCCCCAUGACUGGCUGUUCCAGCGUGUGUCUUGUGUGGUUCAUCACGGCGGCGCUGGCACCACUGCUGCCGGGAUAGCCCUGGGUCGGCCGACUGUCAUUGUUCCCUUUUUCGGUGACCAGCCAUUCUGGGGUUCGAUGGUCGCCCGCGCCGGUGCAGGUCCAACACCCAUUCCGGCCAAAGAGCUCACGGCAGACCGUCUUGCCGAUGCCAUCUUGGAAGCGCUCAAGCCCGCGACGCUCGAACGGGCUCGGGAACUUGGCGACCGGAUCAAGGAGGAGAAAGGGUGCGAAGUGGGAGCAGCAAGCUUUCAUCAGCAAAUGAACGUCGACGGUCUCCGAUGUGCUCUGGCACCGAACCGGCCCGCCGUGUGGUUCAUCAAGUCCAAAAGCCCAGUGGGCCGUGGCAUCAGACUGAGCGCCUUCGCUGCCACCGUGCUCAGCAACGAGGGUCUCCUGGACAUCAACCAGCUUCGUCUGUACCGGCCGUACGAGUACCCCGUGGAAGCUGGCCAAUUUACGUGGGAUCGCGGACCGAACCCUGUUUUGAGUCACUUUGGAUCCGUGGCUUACACCGCGCUGCACCUACCGAUCAACAUCGCCAAGAAGUGGAGUGGCGUCGUGUACCAGCCCUACAAAGGUGCCAGGGCAGGAGGAUGGAAAGGCUUCGGCAAGGGCAUAGGUAAAGGCAUAGGCGGUCUCCUCAUGCCGGCCAGAGCCAUCACCGUGAACGGCAGGAAGUUUGGCAUUCGAGCCGCGUAUGACGCGUUGAGGAAGCAAUACGGCGACGACACUUUGAGUUUCAUCCUCGCGGCGCACUUUACGCAGGGUUACGAGGACGCCAAAGCCUCGACGGAGGAAGAGCGGAGCGAGGUGGUGGCCCGAUGGCAUGGUAUGCAGUUGCACGUGCAGCUGACACCGACUCAAUCACAGAGAGCAGCUGCACCGGACGUCACACUGCUGACGAAAGCCGUACCUGAGUCGAAAGGGUAGUAGAGCUGACACCGAGUUUCUGCGUCUCGCUAUUAUACAGUGCCAGGAGAUCCCACCCACAACCCCAAGGUGACGACUAAAACUGCCCGACUAUAGUCACUUGCUGGUUGCCACGCCCCCGAAAGUCGCCUCACAAGCGCACGUCAAGGUCUACGGUGACGGCGCGAAGGUAUCAUCUGGCCCUGGAUACCCUUCAACCUUUGGAUGCGCCAUAUACUUCUCAUGCCCUUGACGGAGAACAACGAGCUGAUGACGACACACGCGACGGUCAUGACGGGGAAGCCGUACGGUGCUUCCUCCAGAUAAUUGAUCAGGUUCAUUCCGAACAAGCCGGCCACCAGAGUCCCCGCUCCGACGCCGAGAGUGUGGAUGGCGACCUUGGCCUCGAGAAACAUGAUUUGGUUCCGUUGCACGUCGAGGCUCGACCUGAAUGUGUUUUCCUUCUUGCGCAUGACGUCCAUGGCGCCACCGGCCGACUCGACCAGGGCGUCCGCGGCGGUAUGGUAGGCCUCGAGCAUGUACUCGGCCUCUUGGUGGUCGUCGAUCUCGUGGGAAUUUCCCGCCUUUCUGUCGGAGAGGUACAUGCCGGCCAGAUCCUCGUCGGUGUCGAGGACCUCACGGAUCGUGUCCCGCACCAGCCGGGCCUUUUGUUCGAUCUUGCCCAGUUGUCGAGAAUGUUCAAACAGCAGGUCGAGACCGACGGCGGCGAAACCGGACUCGAGGUUCAGUUUUUCCGCGCUCUCUUCUGCGUCUUGUUUCGCCCGGACGAGGUCCUCGCGCAUGGUGGAGAGGACGGCGAUCAGGGCCGCUUCCACCGCACGUAGCUCGUACGGUAAUUCGGGAAGGUCGGCGGUUUCUUUGGCCGACAUUCGCCUCUCAAAGUCGCCGUACAUGGUACUGCUGGCGCUGUCAUUUUCGGUUUCGUUUUCGUUUCCCUCUUCAUCCUGAGAACCAUUAGAACGAGAAUCGCGUAGAUUGAUGAGGAGAGCCUCAUCGGCCUGGAUGAUCAUGCACAGGUCGAAGAAUUGUAAAAGAAUCGUGGCCGGUCGGAUGAGGAUGCGCGUGACCGAUUCAGAGCGAAGGUCAAUGUCCCGCAGAUCUCGAUGUCGGAGUUCGAAUUGCUCUGCUAUCUUGGACUUUGUGAGUUGUCUGUGCUCGGACAGCAACGAACCGUCCUUGUCGAAGUAUGCACACGUCAAUUCGGUGUCCCUCGCGGAGGUCAAAUUAGGUUUGGACCCGUCAUCACGGACGGUGGAAGAUUUCCCAAGAGAAUCAUCAUCUUUUUGUCGUAAGAAUGCGGAUGAAUGGUGGUACGCGGAGACGACACGUUUUCUGUCUCGUGACACGAUACGGUCGGGACACGUCUUGUGACGAGGUGUUUUUGGUGUCGUAAGAGAUGAAGACGAAAAUGUCUUGGUAGAGAUGGCAGUCCAAGGAUCAACAUAUUGAAAGCCCGACUUGAUCGAGUUUGAGGCUGAUGAGGAGGACCAUAAGCUCGGACGUAGACGUAAUGGACGAGCGGUAAAUGCCGCCAGUCGCAUAGCCGUGGUCACCCUCAUCGGGGGUCAGGAUUUGGUUUCUUUUUUUUU